AUGGUGGACAUGAAGUCUACGGCUCCCGGGCCUCGGUUGGACCUGAACAACUUUGACUCGGCCGAAGCAGAGAGGAGUCGCUACGUUUUAACGAGUCCCCGCUCGCUGGAGUCCUGCUCGAGACUCGGUGUCAAACCUGUUGCGCUUCUCAUCAAAUCGCUCAACGAGUUCAUCGCUGAGCAGCAUGACGUGCCCUUCCAGGCGAUGAGAGUUAUGCACGACUCCUACGAGAAGGAGAGAUUAAAGCGUCUACAAAUGUGCCGAGAGGAGAGGCAGAGGAUUAUCCGGGCGGCUGGGGACAGCAACAAAGUGUCAGGCCUGGAAGUGGUGCCUGACACCAAGCUGAGGGGUCCCAAAAGGGAUGGACAGACGACGGGGUCCAUCCACUAUGCAGAUCUGUGCUUUAAGGGGAAAUCUGCAAGCAGGUCCUCCUGUUCUAACAGAGACAGGAGCACGGUGUGCAGCUUCAGUCUGGGAGACUUCAGACACACCCCGGCUACUGAGAUGAAACUGGACAGGCUCACCAGGGAAAUCAAAAAAAAGAUGUGUGUCACGGUGUCAGAGAGAGACCGCAAGAUAGCAGCUCUCAUGUUGGUGAAGCACCGGGAUGAGCAGAGCUGCCUGAAGCUCAGUCAGCGGGAGGAACAGGAGCGACAGGAGGCCCGCAGGCAGGAGGAGGCCCUGCAAGCUCAGGCAGAGAAAACCAGGAGGAAGAAACUGAAGCAGAGUUUGCAACGCUGGCAUGAGGAUCUGGAGUCCCGCAGGAGGAUGAGGGAGCGUCAGGAGGAGGAGAAAACGGGACAACUGGAGCUGGAGGUGCUGCUGCAAGAAGACCGCUGGAGGAGGCUGAGAGAGGAGCUGGAGGGACGACAAAGGGAAAAGAUAGAGGCCGCACAGAAAGAGGCCGGGGGGCGCAAACGCUACCAGGAGAAGCUGCUGAGAGAGAAGGAGGAGGCGGAGAGGAGGGAGCGAGAGAGAGAGAGACAGGUAGCAGCGGAGAAGGAGCAUAAGGCCAGGAGGAGCAGGGCGUCGCAGGAGAAGGAGGAGAGGAAGAGGCUGCAGGGGGAAAACCGUAGGGAGCUGCUGCGUCACAUCCUGCUGAAACAGCAGGUAGAGCAGCAGGCGGUGGAAGAGGAGGCACAGAUGAGGAGCUCACUUGAGAAGAAGCUGCGGCACUCCUGCGAGAAACGUGCUCGGGUUAUAGAGGCACGGCUGAAGGAGCUGCAGGAGCGGGCGGCCCGGGAGGAGGAGCAGUUUCGGAGGGCGCAGCAGAGGGUCGAGCUGCAGAGCCUCCAGGAGCUCACGCACAAACAGAUCCUGGUGCAGCUGAGCCAGCGGCGCACGGAGAGGGCCGCCCUGCGCGCCUCGGCCCAGAGGAGGAGCAGAGCUAAGGAGACGCACCAGCACAACGAACGCAGGCAGCUCUGCCACCAGAGGCUGAGAGAGGAGAUACGGAGGGAGGAGGAGGCGAUGAGGAAGGUCAGGGAGAGCUGCUUCUUCAUGAAGGAAUGGAGGAGGGAGAGGUUGCGGAGGCAGCGGGAGCAGAUCCAGGAGGAGGCGCACAGGCUGGCCCGGGCCUCCUUUCACAUGAGGGACAGAGUGAGACAGCAGACACACAGGCGGACCUUCGAUCAGAUGGCACUAGAGGCUCAGCUGACUGCCUCCAUGAGCCGCAUGAAACUAUGA